CUUCCUGGGGUACAGAAGCAGCCAUUCGUCAAGAAUUCACUGCCUGAUAUUGAAGGAGAUGUUGAAAGAUAGGUAAAAAUGAAUAAACAUCCGAAUCACUAAUACUUGUGUGCAGCGUUUCAAGUUCCCACGCCUGCGACUUAAGCUAGAAGCGGCCCAAGCCAAGAUAUUUCACUUCUUGGAGCCAAGGCCAAAAUUUUCGCGUAGAGCCUAGAGGUAAGAUAAGGACACCAUCAGUUAGAAUCGUUCUUGGCCGCCAAAGUAUGGUCAAGGGAAAAUAUAACUUGAGUGAAAUUCGCUCUUAAGCACGUGCAACGCAUUGCCUUCGGACUUCAAAUUCGAUCUUUCCUAGCUUGGACAACCACCAACAUCUUCAUCGUACCUUUUGCUAAUCAUCAUGACCGAAAAGAUCAAAGAGAAAAUGAACAAUUUGCGCCUCGAGGCCGACCAAGCCAUUGAGCGCGCAGAAGCAGCCGAGGCUAAGAACAAGAAAUUAGACCAAUUGCUUCUCGAGAAGGAUCAAGAGAUUACCUCGCUUAAUCACAAACUCUCUGUCGUAGAUGAACAACUUGAGAAAGCAGAACUCAGUCUGCAGGAAGCGAAACGGGAGAAUAUGGACAAUAUUGGUUCUAAAACCACCAGUGAAGGAUUGCAGCGGAAGAUACAACUGCUAGAGGAGGAGCUGGAUGCCGCCGAGAAGAAUGCCAAGGACACUGUUGAAAAACUCAGGCAGGUGGAUGUUAAGGCGGAACACUUUGAGCGGCAAGUGCAGCGACUAGAGCAGGAACGUGAAGUAUGGGAAAAGAAAUACGAAGAAGCUCAAGAGAAGUACUCAAAAUCGCAGAAGGAGCUCGACGAGCUCGUCCAGACGAUGGAGGGACUCUGAUCGAUAUGUCACUAUUCAAUCCUUGUUAUCUUCUUGCUCCCCGCCUUAUAUCACACUGCCCCCUAAUCUAAAUCGACCAGACCAAUCUUUCCGUAGUUCUUUCUGGAUGUUACGAUCAAGUUCGGAUAAUAUGAAAUCACUUUACUUUCAAACACCAUUGAAUCAUUGACAUGGUUCAAAACGGGUUAUACAAUCUAGAAACAAUUUAACCAGUCAUUUACACUUCGAUAUCCAUUUGCCAACAUGUAAUCAAGAUUUGAACG